AUGGAGGCAUUCCUAGGCACCUGGAAGGUGGAUUCAAAUGGCGAUUUUCACAAAUUUAUGCAUCAUUUCGGUGUCCCUACGGCCAUCGCAAAGAUGGUUCUGCUAGUUGGCUCAAAAACCAUAUUUUCACAGAAAGAUGCGGACACGUAUUGUAUCGCUGUUUCGUCCAUUAAGGGGAAAACAGAGGCGGCUUUUCGAUUGGAUCAGGAGUUCGAAGAGGCAUGCUCAGGUGGUGCCACUAUGAAGGCAAAAGAAGGCCUUCUGGACAAUAACUCUCGUGUCUUUUUCUCCAUCAAGUCAAAGAUCACAAUGGAGGGUGGCGUGAUGAAACACAUUCAGGUGGGUGGGGGCGAGACCAUCAUUACAACUCGAACUAUUAAUGGAAAUAUAAUGACUGUGGUCUACACUGUUGGCGAUCUGACGUGCUCGCGAACUUACAAACGAGUGCAGUAG